UUUCUCCCUCUCUUCUCUUCUCCCUCAGUGUCUCACUUCUCUCGUCGCUCGGUUCAUCGGAUUUUUCUGUGAGCUGAGAGACGGAGGGAAAAACAAGAAGAGGAAAAAAUUCCGGGUAUGGCCGCCCCGCGUUUGUGGGACUAAACCUGAAGAACAAUUAAGUGCUGCGUUGUAAAGGUAGAGGAAGAGGAGAGAAGAGGGGGGUAGGAGGAAGAGGAAGGGAUCUGGGAAAAGCAAGAGAAGAAGAUGAGAGAUAAGUAGGUGUAGAGUGGCGAAAGUUGUCUGAUUUCCCAGAAUAGAUUUUAAAAAAAAGCCAAAUAUAGAAAACAAGUGGAAGACGAAGAGCGAGAAAAGGAGGUGUAAAGAAAGGAAGGAAAAAAAAAACAGAACUCCGCCAAAUCCCCACAGCUGAUACGUGGACGUUGGUCAUCCAUCCAUCAUCCAGGAUGGACAAAGUGGAGCGAGUGAUGAAGAUGGUGAAGAGGAUGUCACCGAGGAAGAAGAGGAGAGAGGGAGGAGGAGGAAGAGGGGGAGGAGGAGCGGGAGAGCUGGAGAGCCCGGACACAUUGUGCGACGAACUCUGUCGUUUUAGCCUCUGCAUCAGCGAUGACGGGCCAUAUGGAAAAACAAAGGAUAUCUCUGGACCAGAACAGACUAUGGCCUCAAGAAGACACAGUAUACCAGAAGCUCUGCGGGGGGUGACCAUGGUGGAGCUGGUGAAGAAAGAAGGCAGCACUCUGGGCCUCACCAUCUCAGGUGGAACCGACAAAGAUGGGAAACCACGGGUAUCGAACCUACGACCUGGAGGGUUGGCGGCCAGGAGUGACCAACUAAAUGUUGGCGACUACAUUAAGUCUGUGAAUGGCAUCAAUCUGACCAAACUGCGGCAUGAAGAGAUAAUCAGCUUAUUGAAGAACGUAGGAGAGAGAGUUCUGCUGGAGGUGGAGUAUGAACUGCCCCCUACAGCACCAGACAGCACCUCAGGGGUUAUAUCGAAGACAAUCGACAUCUGUUUGCACAAAGAAGGGAACAGCUUCGGUUUCGUCAUGAGAGGUGGUACACAUGAGGACUGGCACAAGUCACGCCCCCUUGUGGUCACCUACGUCAGGCCAGGAGGUCCUGCAGACAGAGAGGGCACGCUGCGUCCCGGCGAUCGCCUCCUCAGCGUGGAUGGCGUACCGCUGCACAACGCCAACCACAGUGAUGCCCUCAGUGUGUUGGCUCAGUGCGGCCAGGAAGCCCUGUUCCAGAUAGAGUAUGACGUCACUAUCAUGGACACCGUAACGAACGCCUCCGGCCCGCUUUUAGUGGAAAUUGCCAAAUCGCCAGGAGCAACGCUGGGCAUCACGCUGACGUCGGCCAAUCAUCGAAACAAGCAGGUCAUUGUCAUCGACCGGGUUAAACCCGGCAGCGUGGUGGACAGAUGCGGAGCAUUGCAUGCCGGGGAUCACCUGCUGUGCAUAGACGGGACAUCGACAGAACACUGUACGGUCCUGGAGGCAACACAGCUAUUAGCGAGCACAACAGAACUGGUGAAAUUAGAAAUACUGCCCUCGCAUCAAACGAGGCUAACUGGGAAACAGCACGACACAGUGAAGGUUCAGAAGUCGGACCACCCCCACUCCUGGGACCCCUGUGUGAACUACUGUCACCCUCCAAACUCCACCCUCUGCAACACAAGCUCCACUCUCAACAGGUCAUGGACCGCCUCAAAUAAUAACACCAUCAACAGCCUCGACUACUGCAAGUCUCUGGUAUCUGCCAGUUUCUCUCCCGGCUCUACAACUACAUCGGGACCUAGCAGCCAGAGCUCUAGUACCUUGCCCAGGCCUACAGUUCCCAUGAGUCCACGUAACUCGCUCCUCAAACGAAGGCAGAGGAAGAAAGAGCACAAAAGCUCCUUGUCCCUAGCGUCCAGUUCGGUUGGUCCAGGUGGUCAAGUAGUUCACGUAGAGACCAGUGAGGUCGUCUUGACAGGUGACCCGCUCAACGGCUUCGGUGUCCAGCUGCAGGGAGGAAUAUUCGCCACCGAAACACUGUCCGCACCGCCGCUUAUCCGAUUUAUUGAGCCCGACAGCUCAGCAGAGAGGUGUGGCCUGCUCCAGGUUGGAGACCGCCUCCUGUCCAUCAAUGGAAUCCCCACAGAAGAUGGAACACUAGAGGAAGCCAAUCAGCUGCUCCGAGAUGCUGCGCUGACCAAUAAGGUCACACUGGAGAUAGAAUUCGAUGUAGCAGAGUCAGUGGUGCCUAGUAGUGGUACUUUCCACGUCAAACUGCCGAAGAAACGAGGAGUGGAGCUGGGACUCACCAUCAGUGCCAGUAAGAAGCAAGGGGAGCCCCUCAUCAUUUCUGACAUCAAGAAGGGCAGCAUGGCCCACAGGACAGGGACAUUGGAGCCCGGGGAUAAGCUGUUGGCCAUCGACAACAUCAGACUGGAGAAUUGCUCCCGAGACGAUGCAGAGCAGAUCCUGCAGCAGUGCGAGGAGCUGGUCAAGCUGAAGAUACGCAAAGACGAAGACAACUCAGAUGAGCAGGAGACGUCGGGCAGCAUCAUCUACACAGUGGAGCUGAAGCGGUAUGGAGGCCCUCUGGGUAUCACCAUCUCAGGCACCGAGGAGCCUUUUGACCCCAUCACUAUAUCCGGCCUAACCAAGAGAGGCUUGGCCGAGAGGACAGGGGCUAUUCAUGUCGGUGAUCGGAUCUUGGCUAUCAACAGCGUCAGUCUGAAAGGCAAGCCGCUGAGUGAAGCCAUCCACCUGCUGCAGAUGGCUGGAGAGACGGUCACGCUCAAGAUAAAGAAACAGCUCGACACUUUUUCUCUGCAAGACCUGGAGGAGAGGAAGGCUGCAGAUGCAGAGGACACGACAGAGAAUGACCUAAGUGACACUGAGGAGGACGAUUUGACGGACAGCCAGCAGACAAGUAAGCUGUCGGAGCUCUACUCCACAACCAUACCCAGCGUCGACUCUGCCAUGGAGUCAUGGGAUGGCUCAGGGAUGGACGCCGGCUAUGGCAGCCAGGGUACAUACACCCACCAGGCAGCUGGUAUCGCCCUCCACCCCCAUGAAUGGCGUAGUGCAAAACAGCAGCGCAGCACCACACCGCCCCCUGGACGCCGAAAGAAUUACCCUUUCAGCGACGGAGGUUUCAGUGAGGACGACUGGGACAAACCACCUGGAUUUAUUGGCCAACAACCAGACGGUAUUCUGUUGGAUCCAGACGACAGUUUCUGGUGUCAGGCGCUCGAAGAUCUGGAGACUUGCGGCCAAUCAGAACUACUCAGAGAGAUCGAGGCAUCCAUCAUGACAGGAACAGCCAUCAGUCUGGGUGUAGAUGGUGUCAACAAGCCUCCAGCUGAGUCCAUACUGAGUCACAGCAGAAUGAGCCCGUUGCGGAGAAAUUCCCUCCUGCACCAGGGAAACCUGCUACACCAGGCUACACACCUCCACCAGGGCGCCCAUCUGCACGAGGAGGCCCACCUGCAUGAAGAGGCCCAACUCCACCAAGAUUCCCACCUGCAACAGGAGGCCCAUUACAACCAUGAGGCCCACCUGCACCAAGGAGCCCACAUCAACCAAGAUAACCAAUCCCCUCUCCUGCACCACGAGCCCAAGCCCAAGGCCUCAUUGAGAGUGUCAGAGAGGACGUGGGAGUCUCGUCGGAUCAAAGAGGAGAUGCAGGGAAUCUUGUCCCCAACGCCUUUGGAGCUGCACAAAGUUACAGUGAUCAAGGACCCAGAGAUCGACGACUUUGGCUUCAGUGUGUCCGAUGGCUUUUUGGAGAAAGGAGUUUAUGUCAACAUGAUCAGACCGGACGGUCCAGCUGACCGCGCCGGGCUCAGACCCUACGACAGGAUCCUGCAGGUGAACCACGUGAGGACGAGGGACUUUGACUGCUGCCUGGCGGUGCCACUGAUCACGGAGGCCGGAGACAGACUGGAGUUGGUCAUCAGUCGCAACCCGUUGGUCAACGAUGACACAGAGGACAAUAACAACACUUUGGACCAUCCGCUAGACCUGUAACAGACAUACACAAACAAAAAAAGACAGAUGAAUCUCUAGACACACACACACAUGCAGGAGAUAUACUACAACUGGUGAUGAAGCGAAGAUAUUUCUACUGGACUGAACUGGCCCAAACACUCACACCACAAACACCACCGGCUUGCAAUAAUUCUACUUAAAACACAGAGACUCUUACACAUACACACUUGCAUGCUCAUAAAGUCGCCCCCUCCCAUUUGCACUGUGUUGAACUGCUGUCAUACAGUAUAUUUCUCUAUGGAAGCACAGCCACAGUGCAGAAAACAAAUCGGAGACACUCUCUUGACGGCUGGCUCCGAGUCCUCAAUGUCGUUCCAACAUAAAUAACCACUUACUUGGCACUUUGGCCAGCCAAUGAUUCUGGCUCUUUAAAUUCAGUUUUUUUUUUCUUAAAACAAAUGAAUAAAACCUGCAAUUUGGGUGAGGUAAUCUUGACUGUUUUUAAUGCCAGGCCACAGGUUUAUAGAAAUUUCUAGUGCCAAUGCUACCAGAGGGACCUGCCUUAUUACGCAAAGUGAUUUUAGGAAAUUUCAAGUGAAACUGUAUUUAGAGAAACUGCCUGACUCAGUUUGCAGGUUUCAUUUGUUUCAAGACUAAAAAAAGACCCAAAAGAUGGUUGAACCAACAGUUUCUAAAGGAAUAGUGUCUGAAUGUGGACUAUAUAGAUGUAGUCCACAUUUGCUGCUCAAAUACUGCUGCUCCAUUGCAAUUCCCAAGGGUCAAGCUUAGUUCUUAUUUUAGCUGUCGCAUGAAGGUGGACUUAUAUAUUGGAUACUUCUGCUCAUCAUUGAUAUAAAAAAAAAAAAGAAAUCAAAAUGUAUGGGUCAGGACAAUGAUGUCGCCCCAACUGCCAAACGUUUUGCUCAAUCCAGUCAAUGAAGGGAUGAGAAAGAAUGGAGACACUUGGGAAUUUCUUUCCUCUCCUGAUGAAACAUGGCAUCUUGAAAUGGAAUUUGUUGAAGGCAAUCUUUGCUGCUGCAACACAUCUAGGAAGCUGUGAUCAUGGAGAUGUCUUGGGAGGGGAAGAAAACUGUGUUGCCAACAGAAGAACAUCUUGCAACAUUUGGAGAGAUUAUUAUUAUUUUAUUUUUUUUGCCAACUGCUGGGAAACCUGCCCAUCUACAUUGCACAAUACAGUCAGUCUGAGAGCAGUGGGUUCAGCUCAUUGCUGGCUUACAAAGUCAAAGAGCAGUAACUACUAUGUAUGCUUUUUCAACAGCAGAGCUCGUGAUUGGGGUUGAAGUUAAAGGUGGUAUGUGUAGCAUUUAUGAGAAAUGUGGUACAACAUGUAUAUAAUUGGCCUGAACAAAAGGAGCCUGUCAGAUUCCAAAAGAAAUAGAGCAACAUUCUUUGCAAGUUUCAGAUGGUAAAAGUAACGAACGGCUGAUGGGAACAUACUUAUCUGACAGCUUUACAGUAAACAGACAAACGUGUUAUACAUGUUCCAUUUCUAGCCACAUGCAAUGAAACAUACAGACCCUUUCCAAAAAAUUAGAAUAUCAUAGAAAAGUUUACUUAUUUCCAUAAUUCCAUUUAAAAGGUUAAAC